GAAGCAUUUCUGCUGCCUCCAGGGCUUUGGCCACCUAUAAAACGUAGCAAUGGGAAAUAAAGAAACCCUCAAGGAGGAAGCCUUCUUGGGGAGCACGGAAGAAGGAGCGGAUUUUGUUCAAGCCAUGUGCCCUAUGAUGGAGACCUUCGAAAUCAACGAUCCAGCACCCAAGAAGAGAAAUGGGGGGACCAUUUGCAUGGCAGUCAUGGCCAUCUACCUGACCCUGCUCACAGCAGGUACCACUCUGCUGUUCCUUCAAGCUCUCAAUCUGCAGAGGCGGCUCCAGAUCCUGGAGAUGUACUUAGACAAUGGAACCCUGGCUCCUGAGGACAGGUCAUUCUUCUCGAUGCAGCUGGCACAUCCCAAAACACACCCGGUACCAGGAGCACUGGGGCUGCAAGUGCUGCAGGCCCAGCUCAUUGAGGUCCGCACCAGCCAAGAGCAACUGCUUCUCAACCUCACUCGGAAUCCAGAGCUGUUCCGGAUUAAAGGUGAACAAGGCUCCCCAGGUGUCCAAGGACCCCGGGGCCCACCAGGCGUCAAGGGAGAGGCAGGCCUCCAGGGACUUCCGGGUGCACCAGGGAAGCAAGGAGCAACUGGUGCCCCAGGACCUCAAGGAGAGAAGGGCAGCAAAGGUGACAAGGGUCUCACUGGCCCCAAGGGGGAACACGGCACCAAGGGAGAUAAAGGGGACCUAGGCCUUCCAGGAAGCAAAGGGGACAUGGGCAUGAAGGGAGACACAGGGGUCAUGGGUCUCCCUGGAAUACAGGGAAAUAAAGGCGACCCUGGGAAACCAGGCCUACCAGGUUUGGCUGGGUCUCCUGGAGCCAAAGGUGAUCAAGGACCACCUGGAGCGCCGGGUGCACCAGGUCUUUCUGGUGCAGCAGGAUCUUCAGGUGCCAAGGGUGAGCCAGGCCGCACUGGUCCUCCUGGGCCACAAGGACCUCCAGGGAUCCCCGGGAUUCCAGGGGCUGCAGGUGUGAAGGGAAGCAAGGGAGACACAGGAAUUCAAGGACAGAAAGGCACAAAAGGAGAAUCAGGAGUCCCAGGCCUUGCAGGCAGAAAGGGAGACACUGGAAACCCUGGGCUGGUAGGCCCCAAAGGAGAACCUGGACGGCCCGGCCUGAAGGGAGAUGCUGGGAUGAAAGGAUCUCCCGGCCAGCCAGGACAAACAGGAGAAAAGGGUCAGAAAGGCGAAUCCUUCCUAAUGGUCCGGAUUGUGGGUGGCACCAAUCGAGGCCGAGCUGAGGUUUUCUAUAACAGUGUCUGGGGGACAAUCUGCGAUGACGGUUGGGAUAAUAACGACGCCACUGUCUUCUGCCGCAUGCUCGGUUACUCCAGCGGUAAAGGUCUCACCAGUUUCGGAGGUGGCUCUGGGAACAUCUGGCUGGAUGAUGUAGCUUGCGUGGGGACAGAGAGAGAUUUGUGGAGCUGCCGGAAGAGCGCCUGGGGUUCUCACAACUGCAACCAUAAUGAAGAUGCAGGCGUGGAGUGCCGCUGACUUGGGCAGAGGGCACCGCUGUGGCGCCGGGUGUCUUCAGACUCCGCCCACAUGGAGAUCCGUGGGCUCCCUAACUCUGUUGGGGGGAUUAAUAAAGCUCAACGGGGAUCUGC